UUCCCUCUCUCCUCCUCCUGUUACUACAUGUCCGUCUCAUAUUACACAACUGCAUGCUGGACGCUGAUUGGUCGAGCAGCGGCUCGGUCUCUCCCCGUUGGCUGCAUCGUACACGUCAGCAGUCAAUAAGUUGUGGCCAACAUGCAUCUGAUCAUCCUCUUCCUGGUGAGCGCGUGUUGACAGAACUUUGAGGUGGAACCAGCAGGCGACGGUUCUGUAGAUGACACGGAGUCCUGUAGAGGAGGCGCGGCCAUCAGAGCGCCUGACAUCUGGGUGAAGGCGGAGCGGCCUGGAGCAGGAGUUCGGAGCGUCACCGCGCGAGGACACACACGUUUAUAAUGACGACCAGGUGAAUGAGCGCCAUCACUGUUGUAGUCUUCACUGUCUUCAGUCUGACAAAAUGAGGUUCCGGCUGCACAAGAAGAAUCUGCUGGCGCUGCUGGGUGUUUCCUUCGUGGUCGUGACGCUCCUGGUGUCGACGCGCGUGUUGUUGGUGUCCGACGAUGACGUCAUUCAGGGAAAUCCGGCCGUGCGUCCUGGCGACACGGCGAAGUUUGUGUUCGGCUCGCAGGCAGAGCUGACCCGGUCCGUUUACAAUGCCAACUACAAACAGUGUGUUCUCAACGCGGACAAGUUCCCAGGGGAGCCUCAGCUGGUGCUGGUCGUGCAGGUCCACAACAGGCCCGAAUACCUCAGGCUGCUCAUCAGGUCCCUGGAGAAGGCGGCUGAGGUCCACAGCUUCCUCCUCAUCUUCAGCCAUGACUACUUUUCAGAGGAAAUAAACGCCAUUGUGCAGGGGAUAACUUUCUGCAAAGUGCUGCAGAUCUAUUUCCCCUUCAGCGCUCAGCUGUAUCCUGCUGAGUUUCCUGGACAGGAUCCACGGGACUGCCAUCGAGACAUGUCCAAGGACAGCGCUCUGAAGGCCGGAUGCCUCAACGCAGAGCACCCCGACUCCUACGGGCACUACAGGGAGGCCUUCAUCACUCAGACCAAACACCACUGGUGGUGGAAGCUGCACUUCGUGUGGGAGCGAGUGCAGGCCAUGCAGGGAUACAGCGGCUUUGUGAUCUUUCUGGAGGAGGACAACUACAUCCUACCUGACUUUUUCCAUUUUUAUAAAUCCAUGAUCGCGUUCAGGAAGAGCAGCUGUCCGGAUUGUGACAUGCUGGCUAUGGGUAAUCACAACGGCCUCGCUGAUUUUACCAGAGUGUCCAAUAAGGUGCUGACCGCUGGCUGGAUGUCCACCAAGCACAACAUAGGCAUGGCCAUCUCCAGGGAGGUGUACUACAAGCUGAUGGGCUGCAACGUCGAGUUCUGCACCUACGACGACUACAACUGGGACUGGACUCUGCAGCACCUCUCGGGCGGCUGCAUAUCAAAACCCCUUAAAGUGCUGGUGGCGCAGGGCACCAGGGUCCUCCACACAGGAGACUGUGGCCUUCACCAGAAGGACAACUGCAGGCCAGAAUGGGCCUCACAGAAGGUGGAGGAGGGCCUUCAAACAGCCAAGGACAGCCUGUUUCCUCCAGCUCUUGUUCUUAGUGGUGCAGAAGCAGUGGAGCACAAGGCGCACAUGAAGAACGGAGGCUGGGGAGACGUUCGAGACCACAGUCUGUGCAAAAACUACGCCAAACUGUAACUUUUCUCUGGGUAAAAUGUUCUUUGGUAUUCUGCAGAUGUGCCAUUCAUACACAACUUUUCAGGUCCAGAGGCUGCAGUGAGUUGAGUUUUUCCGCUUUGAUUGUGUUGCCUUUCAGAGACGUCUUCCAAAAAGUAGGACCAAAUCAGGUCCGAGCACGUCGCGUGUACACGACUAGACACCUUUUAUAAAUCUUUCUUUCAUUCUUUCUUUCUUUUUAAAUCACCAAAGCUGCACGGUUGCCAAAGACUUGUGUUGAGUGUAAAGCAUGAAAGCUCAGUCAUGCUGUUGAGUUUCAUGUCCUCCAGGUUUGUUUAUCUGUGGGUGUCUAACAAGCCAAAGCUGCAGAUUAGAUUUACUGCACAGCGAUGGAGGAACGAGUGUAAACUGCAGUGUGCAGUGAUGUACACACACUGAUAUGCAGUGCACAGAAAUAUUAAUGAACAAUUCAGCUGCGAUGUGCUGUUCAUGGUACGAUUUUUAAGUGCAACAAGACAAAGACGCAUGUGAUGUGCAGAUGUUUGGGUUGAAUUAAAAUGACAAUCUUAAAUAUGUGGGAAAGUUGUAGUUUAGACAACGACAGUUUCUUUAAAGUCGACUGUGAAAUGUCAACAUGAAAUCAUGCACAUAAUGGAAUUAGCUUUACUGAGUUCAACUUCCAGUCUCCGUCCGUUAUAACGAGGGGUCUUUGGUUUUAUGACUGAGGUCAACUGACAACACGUACCUAGACUUUUACCCCCCCGCUCUAUUGAUCGCUGGCUGCACCGAGCACCGGCCUGACAUUGAUUUCUGUUAGUGACCUCCAACACAAAGUGACCCUUUGGAGUCUCGUCUCCGUUUUGCAAACAUUGUUGGGCUCAACUGUCAUUCUGCAUUUCUACAUUUGCACCUUCUUUGUUAGAAUUUAUAUUGGGAUAUGACAUCAGAACCAGAACAGAAUGAACUGCUUUGCAUUUUUAUAAGAAGGAAAGACAGAUGUUUCCUUUUCUGGCAUUCCGUCAAUUGUUAGUGAAACUAAAAAAAACCAAAACCAGCCUCCUGUGGCUACAGGACAUAUUGGUGCUGCAUGUUGAUAUUGCCUUAAAGCUGACCAAAAGUGCCUUGUGGUUGUGCCUUUGUGCCUAAAUGUGUUUAAAAUAUAUUUUUAAAGGUGCACAAACAUGAUUUUGUUGACCAAGUACUUGUAUGCAUCUGUCAGUGGGGAUGUUUUGCUCCCCUGAUAUAUUUUUUCUGAUAGUGUCUAUAUUCAUGGGAUGUUGAGGGAAAAUUAAAUGUGAAUGUUCAUUUCACAACAAUCUUCAUUGUAGAUUGCAUCACUUUGGCCGGUGAAAGUGGCUCCAAAUAAGUAGUUUGACCUGAUGUUAGUACAGUUCAAUGUGCCUUGUGGAGAUUCCUGGCCAUGAAAUAUGAAAUGAAUGUGAUAAUGAAAUCAAUUAUCACCUAUUUGAUGUUGAAAAGUAGAAUCAGUUCUUAAGGACUGUGAAUGUUCCUUUUGUCGGUGAGAUGUAGAGUUGUUGAGAAUGAGACCAACUUCUUUCUUUUUGUUGUUGCUUGUGUUUGUUUCUGAUAAUCACUUGAAAAGCUGUUCAUUGUUCACCAGAUGUUUGUCAAAUGGGAACAAAUAAAAGGCUGGAUUUUCA